AUGGGGAGCGGUGUGGGUGAGCAAUACACAGACACUUUGCUCCAGCCUCCCCCCAAUGCCUUCCCGCUUUCCCCAUCGCCCUGUGCCCUGAACGCCCCCUGGCUACUGGUGCUGGUGGCCAGUGCACCUGGGCAUGCGGCCCGGCGUGCGGGGGUGCGGCGCAGUUGGGGGGGUGCGCGGGUAGCAGGGGGGCACAGUGUGCACACGGUUUUCACAGUGGGGCUGCCGGGAGAUGUGGCACAGCAGGCAGCACUGGAGCGCGAGGUGGCCGAGCAUGGGGACCUGUUGCAGGCGCGCUUUGCCGACACCUACACAAACCUAACCCUGAAGACACUGGCAAUGCUGGGCUGGGCCACCACCCGUUGUCCCACCGCCUGCUUCCUGCUCAAGACCGAUGAUGACGUCUUCCUGAACCUGCCGGCCCUGGCCCGACAUCUGGAGCAGUUGGCCAGCCCACUUGCUGCUUAUCUGGGCUAUGUCUACUCACACAGUGCACCCAUCCGCAACCCCUACAGCCGGCACUACGUGCCCAUCUGGCUCUACCCGGAACCUGCCUUCCCGCCCUACUGCAGUGGCACUGCCUACGUUCUCUCUGCCCCAGCCGCUGCUGCUGUCCUUGGUGCUGCCCGCCUGCUGCCACUGCUGCCUGUGGAGGAUGUGUAUGUGGCGCUGUGCGCCCACCAUGCUGGCAUUGCCCCGCGCCACCUGGACCAUAUGGCCGGGGCUACCCGCUACCCGCCUGAUGCCUGCUGCUACCGGGAGGUGCUCCUCAGCGUGCACGAAGUGGAGCCUGCCGAAAUGCUGUCCAUGUGGGAGGCAGCUGAGCACCCCUGCACCCCCUGGCAGCGCUUCCUUGGCCUGACCCGCUGCCAGGUCCUGGCGUGGCUGGCUGCAGGGCUGCCAGACUCCUGA